AUGUCCGACUUUUCUCAUCUCAGGGAUAUUGUGGGUCAGCUCCCCUUUCUCAAGACCUAUAGCCAUUUACUACUUGCCUUUCCUCUGCGAGACGAAUCGCGAGAUCAAGUUAUUAAUCGCUUGCAACUAUCUGCUUAUAAGCUCACAGAAGCAUUCCCCUGGCUUGCCGCUAAAGUAGUAAAUAGGGGAAGUGGCCCGGGCGAUUCUGGUGUAUUUGAGCUGGAGCCGUGCUCUUUGUGGUCGGCUCCAAACUCCAUUCUGCGUAUUAAGGACUGUUCGGAACUAUGUCCUCCAUUCGAAAAACUAGUCCAAGCAAGGGGACCCGCCACAAUGCUCAACGGUGAUAUAUUGGGACCUCGCGCGGCAUUUCCAGAUAGCUAUCAGGAAACGGAGGAGGACCCGGCUCCGGUGAUAGCCUUCCAAGCUAAUUUGAUCAAAGGCGGGUUGCUUUUAGACUGCGCAGCGCAACAUAAUUUUAUCGACAUGAGUGGCAUUGAACAGUGCUACAACUUAUUAGCGACUGGAAUGGGGGACGUGCCCUUUUCGUAUGAGGCUGUCAAGCAAGGAAAUAUUGACAGGCGAAAUUUGCUACCACUUCUACGGCCAGGCGAACUCAUGAAUGAUCAUAGUCAUUUUAAUAAACCGCCCCCGUCUGAUCCAAGUCCGUCUCUUGCUGAACCUGACUCACCCUUCUCUUGGCGUUACUUUCGUUUCUCGGCCGCCAAAUUGGCAGAAUUGAAAUUACUUGCUACUUCGUCCGAGGAAAGUAACCGCUCUAUCCCUUACAUCUCUACCAACGAUGCAUUAACUGCUUUCUGUUGGCAACGGGUGAUUUCUAUCCGAUUACGACGUCGCCAAACUCCCCACGCAAAUGCCAAGAUUCUCCGAGCGGUGGACACGCGGAAGAUCAUGGGAGUCCCACAGGGAUAUAUGGGGGAUCUUAUCACCAUCUCUACAUCAGUAUCAACAUUUCAGGAACUAGCAAAUGCCUCCCUUCCGGAAGUCGCUAGUAUCCUCCGCAAUGAUUUGAAUUAUGUUAAUACGCAGGAUUAUGUUCGUAGCUAUGCCACAUUCGUUGCUCGUACGCUGGAUAAGUCCAACAUUGUGUACGGCGGCCGGUGGAAUCCAGACACAGAUAUCGGCUCCUCCUCAUGGGCCCAAGUUCAACUAUCUCGAGUCAACUUUGGUUCUUUAGGAAAGCCGGCACUAGUGAGACGACCUACGUUCAAGCCGUUAAGGAGUAAUAUUUACUUUAUGCCACGGACGAUUUCUGGUGAUAUAGAUGCAUUACUAUGCUUCAACGAGGAAGAUAUGAAUGGACUGAUGGCAGACCCCGAAUGGAAUUCAUUUACGGACUAUAUUGGAUAG